GCCAGUUCGGGUCGAGCUCCCCUCGCCCGCCCCCCCACUCCCGCCCCCAGCCCUUUGUACAGCGAUUGCGACAAGCAGGAGCAGAGGGUGAAAGGGAGCCGGGCCGCAAAGGGGGAGCGGGGACGUGAGGGCCAACCAGUGAGAGCGGAAUAAAGGGGAGUGCUAGGAAAGGAGUGGGGUGGGAGGAGGGGGGCGGUGUGUGUGUGAGCCUGGAGGCCGGGGUGAACGUGAGGCGCCUGCUUCUACCCCUGCCCUCUAUGAAGUCUGGCUGCCAGGGGAGACCCUGGGUCACUGCGUCCUCAGGAUCCACUAUUGGGAGGCCCAGCUGAGCACUGUAGCCCCUCGGACCACUGUCUCCCAGAUCAAUCUUGGGCAAAGAACGAGAGCGGAAACCAGGAGAGCUCCGGCUUCUCGGGACUUCUGGGCCUGAGGUGGUGGCUGAGCCGGCGGAGGAGGCAGGAACCCGUUGUCCCGAAGGCCUGUGGCCUCUGCCUCCACAGGUAGGAACCCUGUAGGGCCGAGGACGAGAAGGGUAUGAACUAUGAACGGCCUCGCUGCACCCUCGGUGGUCGCCCGAUUGGGACAUCUGUUGGUUUCUCCUGCCCUCAGUCUCCAGCGUCUGCAUCUCAGCCCAGGGCUUGGGGCUAGUUGUCCCCUUCUUCACACCCAACACGAAGUCCCCAGCUGCUCUCUUCUUUCCCCAUGUGUAGGUGUUACCAAGAGUGACUUACACACAGGUGAGACAAGGACAGGCUGAGGGUAUCACUUUCUUCUACCACCCCUGUGCCCACCUCUGGCUGAAGCUCCAGCUUGCUGUCUUGGCCCAUUUGUGUGUGGCUAAGCCCACACUCAUUCCUGACUUCAGUCUCCCUUGGGACCGGCCCUUGGUGCUGACAGCAUGGGGGACUGCACUGGAGAUGGCUUGGAUAGAGCCAGCCUGGGCUGCCCAAUGGCUGAAGAGGCAGUGGCGGCGACGGAGGCGGAAGCAGAGAAAGAGUGUGUGGUUUCUCUCUGACAAUCUUUUUGGGCCCACUCCCAUGAUGCCAGCCCCCAGAAGAGGGAAGCUGUGUGGGAGACGCUGUGUACAGGCCCCGACUCUGGCUUUUGCUCUGCGGAGCUGGCGACCUCCUGGUGUAGAGGUGACAUCUAGAGGACCCAGGAGGUCCUCACUCAGUGUUGUCAAGAAAAGGGGUCUCCGUGCUGCCCUUGGUCUACAAUCCACUCCCUCAGGCCUGAGGGUUUCCUUGGCCUCUUCACAGAGCCUGAAGGCCCAGCAGCGGACUUUGGGAAACUCAUCUGUGGCCCCGGUCUCCUUGAUGACUGGGGUAACUGAAGGCAAUGGUAGGUUCAGGACAGAGGCUCAGAUGCCCAGUGGGCAAGGCAACCCUGGAGGUUGUGCUUGUCCGGGUCAGGUUUCCCCAGCUCCUCGAGCAGCAGUGCCUCCCCGGGUAGCUCGAGGGCCCACUCCACGUACUGAAGAGGCCGCUUGGGCUGCCAUGGCCCUGACCUUCCUGCUGGUCCUGCUCACCUUGGCUACGCUUUGCACGAGACUGCACCGGAACUUCCGCAGGAGCGAGAGUAUCUACUGGGGGCCCACGUCAGACAGCCAGGACACCGUGGCUGCUAUCCUGAAACGGAGGCUGCCCUUGCCCUCGCGCCGGAUCAAGCGGUCUCGAAGACGGCCCCUGCUCCCACCCACACCGGAUAGUGGCCCUGACUCGGAGAGCUCGGACUGAGCGGCUCCGCCCCUCUACGACCGCUGCCACGUGGGCCAUCCGCGGGCGCCCCCUGGCGGCAGGCGGAGAGGCCUUAGAGGCUUCACUUGGUUUCUUGGGAGUAUCAUCCUUCUAGCCUCCCUGAUACAAAUUCCUGUUUCUAAUUAAAUUAUUUUAGUAGAA